AUGCAAAAUAUUAUAGAGCCCUUCAUAACAUCUGCACCAGGUAAAGUUAUUAUUUUUGGUGAACAUUCUGCUGUUUAUGGAGAACCAGUAAUUGCUGCUGCUGUUUCUUCCCUAAGAUCAUAUCUGUUGGUUACACAAGCUAGUUCACCAAAUGUAAUUGAAUUAGACUUUCCAGAUAUUAAAUUUGAUCAUAAAUGGUCGUACACACAAGAUUUUUUUCCCUCCUCUGCUACUUCUACAAAUGGAUUUGAUUUGGAAAAAUGCAGAAAAAUAUUUGUUAAGCAUAACCAAGGCACCACAGACUUGGACUUGGAACUGGAAGAUGAAUUAACGCAGUACAUAGAUACUAUAAUUAAAAAUACAUUAACUGAAGAGAAAAAACAAUUUCAUUAUUACGCAGCGUUAUGUUUUUUGUAUUUAUACUUCAAUUUGUGUCCUCAAGUUUCUGGUGUGAAAUUUACCAUAAAGUCCAAUUUGCCCGUUGGAGCCGGUUUGGGAAGUAGUGCAUCUAUUAGUGUAUGUUUAACAUUAGCCAUGUGCAAAUUAGGUGGCAUUCUUUCCGGUAUGAGUUUAUCUGAAAAGGAUAAAAAAAUGAUUAACAAAUGGUCGUAUAUCGGCGAAAAGUGUACUCAUGGAACACCCUCUGGAAUUGAUAAUGCUGUAGCUACAUUUGGCGGUGCUGUUUUGUUUCAGAAGCAAGUUGACGGUAAAAAUAAACUAGAAGUUAUUGAAAAUUUCCCACAAAUCCCAAUGAUUUUAACCAACACGAAGAUACCUAAAUCUACAAAGAAAUUGAUUUCUGAUGUUCGUAAACUGUGUGAAGAAAACCCUAAGAUAAUGAAAGGAAUCUUAUCUAGUAUGGGGUAUAUUGCGGAAACUGGUGCUUCAAUUUUGAAAAAAUUUGAUGCACAGACUUCGCUGCCUCAACUAAUUGAAUUAGUUAGAAUAAAUCAUGGGUUAUUGGUGUCUAUUGGGGUUUCUCACCCAGGAUUAGAAAAGAUUAAGCUUUUAAGUGAUACUCUAAAAAUUGGAGGCACUAAAUUAACCGGUGCUGGUGGAGGUGGGUGUGCAUUGACUAUAUUGUUAGAUCACGAAGAGGACCGUUUGAAGAUUGAAGAGUUUAAAAACACGUUACACGAACGUUACGGUUACGAUAAUUUUGACACGGACUUGGGUGGUACUGGCUCAUGUUUUAUAGAUUUAUCGAAAAAAAAUGGAGGGGAAAUCUUAAAUGCAUUUACUGAAAAUAGUGCAGGCGAUCAAAUUUUUACACCAGAAUUGUUACAAUUAUUGCAAUUAAAUACAAUUUUGUAA